GGGCUGGCCGGCUGUGAAAGCAACGCGCCGCUGCCGGUGAGACGGAGAGCUCGCUCGCUGGUAUGUGGUCUGGUCUGGUCACAAACUUACUGGUCUGCUGUGCUGGCGAGAUACGGUGGACUUCAGCCAGCUGAGGACCUGAGCGGUAUUAAAGCUCCAGACGUGGUCGACCCGGGACUGUGGCCGUGGAAGUGCUCGGUUUUGCAGCCGUCGGUGAAACUGAAAGCGUCGGAGCUGUCGACGACGAUCCAGGGGUCUCUGGACGUCGUCACCCUCGUCUUCAGCAGCGCCAGCGGGUGGAUCUGGAGCCGCGGCCGUAGGGAAACCAGCGUGAGAACAGGGACCGGAAGGGAGAAGCACCAAGUCUCUCAGGAGGGUCAACAAGAGGCCAGAAAAGCUGGCAGAAGAGGCACGGGCAACUGUAGGCGAAUCGGGGGAACCAGCAUCAUCAUCAGCACCGACAGCAGUGCCGCCGUGUUGAGUCAAAGCGCCGGCGACGGUACAGGACGGAAGCACUUCCCCAGUGCUGGUGGCGUUGGUGAUCUCAACGCCACGGAAAACGCGUCCUAGAAUCUCCCGAGUCUCCUCCGGACUUUUCUGUUUUGUGUGCGACACAUAUGUGACUACAUUGAUUUUCUGAGGCUUAUCAGCCAGUUUGCAGCUGAUGCCAGAGCUUCCAACUUCUUCUCCCGAGCGCGUUUUCUGUUUGCGACAAGCAGGGCAGCCUUUUUUCUUUAAUACGUAGUUCUCGACCGCUACCAGUACACGCUCCCCACCGCAGCCACCAGACGGGACUGAGGUGGCCACGGUUGGAGCUGCGUGUGGCAAUCCAAGCUCCCGAAUCCAAGAUCUGCAAGAAACGGCGAUGUCCCCCAUAAACGGCAGUGCGCCGACGGGCGCGGCACUCUUCCUCGAUUCAUCCGGCGUUAGCCUGAACUCCAACGCCAGCAACGACUUCAACAACACCUACGGCAACGCCACCGCGUUUCAGGCAGAGUCGGUCGGGCCGAUGCACACGGUCAUUCCGAUGACCGUACUCUACGUAGUGACGUUUCUGCUGAGCGCCGUCGGCAACACGGUCACGUGCGUGGUCAUCGUGUACAACCGCUACAUGCACACAGCCACCAACUACUACCUCUUCAGCAUGUCCGUGUCGGACCUGCUGCUGCUGCUGACGGGCCUGCCGUUCGAGCUGUACUCGUUCUGGGUGCCGAGCCACCCGUACGUAUUCGGCGAGCCGUUCUGCGUCGGUCGCGGUCUGAGCGCCGAGACGUCCACCAACGCCUCCAUCCUCACCAUCGUCUUCUUUACGGUGGAGCGCUACCUGGCCAUCUGCCACCCGCUGCUGCAGCAGACGAUGUCGAGCCUCCCGCGCACCGUGCGUAACAUCGCCCUCAUCUGGGUCCUGUCGCUGCUCUGCGCAUGCUUCCCCGCCGCGAAGUUCGGCAUCAAGUACCACCGCGACGAACUCGAUCAGAUCAUCGAGGGGACGGACGAGUGUAACGUGGUGCGCCACCUCUUCCCGCACGUCUUCGCGGUGCUGUUCAUCAUCUUCUUUGUGGUGCCGAUGCUGCUGAUCACGGUGCUGUACGUGCAGAUCGGUCUGCGGCUGCGCCGGUCCGGCAGAGCGCGCGGUCUCACCCGUAGCAGCGUGCACCGAGGCGGCUCGGGACGCGGCGGAGCCGGCGGCACGGCCGCUCGUAAGGCCGUCGUCAAGAUGCUCGUGGCCGUGGUGGUUGCGUUCUUCAUUUGCUGGGCGCCUUUCCACGCCCAGAGGCUGAUGAUUAUUUACGCCCCUGGGAACCGCUACCCCGCUCUCAACGACAUAAAGCAGGGUCUGCAUUACGUCUCUGGCAUACUGUACUUCGUCAGCACCUGCGUGAACCCCAUUCUCUACCACAUGAUGAGCGCCAAGUUCCGCCAGGCUGUCCGGGACACUUUCGGGAAGACCUGCCACAAGGUGUGCUGCAGAACAGGGUCUCGAGGCCCCGAGAGUUCCGUCCCACCCCCAUCAACGGACUACUCCAGUUUUCCGGCCGCUGCGGGCGACGGAGCUGCGGAAAAAGCCCGCGAGCUGGGCACCAUCAACGGACAGGACGCCAACACGCGGGAUCCGCUGCUGGCGCGACACGGCACCACCGUCACCCGGGUCUGACGUCAUUAUGACGUCAGCUGGCGUACGGACUCUUCGCUGGGCGUGGCCUGGCACGUUUCAGCAUUUUUUUUUUUGGGGGGGGGGCCGUCUUGAAAAUGCCGAUUGCAGUUCAAGCUGCCCCCUCAGGUACCAGUUUGCCCCCCCCCCCCCCUUCUCCCAUCCUCGUUCGCCACUCUUCCCAAUCUCAGAGCCGUGGCUACACCCAUUCGUUUCGACACCGCUGUCACGCGAACCUUGGCCCGGUCACCGUGACGUCAUAAACUCUCCAAGGUGUCAUCAUUCCACACGUGCCGCUGCUGGGUUCUGUCAAUGCCCCCGCCGCGUAGCGGCCAUCGUUGUCUGUUCUUGGGUAACGGUACAGAAGAAAAAAAAUGGUGGUGCCCAGCCCGGGUGAGAUGUGACAGCGGAAGAGAAGCAUAAGCUGGAAGACCAACCAAAUACAAGGCUGUCAAGUUAACGCUGGUAGCAUCGAAGAACUGUUGUGGAGCGUGACGUCAUUCUAGUCGGACCGGUUAUUACGGCUGCGGUUACAUUCCCGGCGGGUCACGUGACUCGGUCGUCCCACCGCAUUCAGCGCACUUGCAGACUUCCAUGUCACGUGGCUUUCAGCCAGCUCACCCUGCGAGCACCGUAGCAAAAUCACCGUGGACCGCGGGCCGCGUGGUAUCACUUCGACAGAAGAAACGGCACCAUGGGAGGUCUCUUCGGCGACGGCGUUUGUCAUGCGUCCUAGUGAUGUCACUGUGAGAAGGCCGUUGCAUGGAGUGGGGAGGCGCAUCUCCGAUGCGAACUCUGAUGCUGAGUAAUGGUGACAUUAAUUGGUACAUCUGGCGCCCGAUUGAUUGGCGCUAUCGGUGGAGCUGCGACAUUCGCCAGCGCUGCGACAUUCGCCAGCGCUGCUGCAUUCGACGGCGCUGCGACACUCACCAGCGCUGCGACAUUCGACGGCGCUGCGGCACUCGCCGGCGCUGGGACACUUGACGGCGCUGAGGCACUCGCCGGCGCUGCGACACUUGACGGUGCGGCGACACUCGCGGUGUGUGAUGGACUGUCGCUGUCAAGCUGACACCGGCGGGAUCAGGUGGCUUGUCUUGACGCCGACGAUACAGUGGCAGUAACCAAGUGCGUUGUGACGCUGUAGUGGGACUGUGAUGACCCAGCGAGACCCGGCCCUGGGGAGCCUGGAUGAGCCUCGUCAGGGUGCGACCGGCAUCCACUUUUAGGAGGAUCGUUUGAAGCACAUCAGUCAAGCCAACAAUAAAAAAGUCGUGUGCUGAAAGUGAUACGGAAAUGCGACGAAGAGAACCUUUAUUUAUUGUGUCGUUGCUCCUGAAAACCUGACGAUGUGACGUCACACGAUUUGAUGGUGGGCCGCUGGUCGUUGCUGGGAGUCAUCUUAUUCCAUUUUUGGAAGCUGACUGUCGGAUUUCACACGUGGAUAGAUUGUCAUUGCACCGUUAUGACGCUCAGUGGACGUAUUAAGAUAAGAGCCUGCCAGGUCUGUGCGCCAUAUGUGGCGUCACCGUCAUUAUGUCACGCUGUACUUUGUAUUCGUUUACGUCAUUGGCUAGCUACAUCGUCAAAUGUGACGUCACAACGAUGUUUUAUGUGACGUCAACUCAUGUCCCUGAUGCGGGAAUCAGGCACUGGCCAAGUGGUUGUCGUUGCACGGUGUUUUUGAUCACAUGCUGUUGGGAAGAGUGGCUUUUCUGCGUUCUGAAGUUGCCUGUUCUUGCCUCUUUUUUAUCCGCUCUAACAUCCCCUCCCAGCCAAUGCGUACGUUCAGUAACGAAGAACUAUAAUGGCAUGAGGUGAAAGAAUGGGUAACAUGUUGGCUCUGAGUCAUGAUCAGGGUAUAACUGUGAUGAGUGUAAGGAGUACUUACAUCUUACACUGAGUGAUUCUCAGCUUGUGUUGUUAUUGAUUCUCUUUCGAAGAUGCUUCGUGGUCUCAGUUGAGGAUGUUGUAGUUUCGUUUCGAUUUCUCCUGGCGUUUUGUCGUCAGGAUGAUUUAGCGAUGUUUCUCAUCAGCGGAGGUUUUCAACCCUCAUUUAAUCGCGUUUCGGACUUUCGUCUGUGAGCAUCUCGAGACGUUUGUGUACCACUGGCUCGAUGUCUGUGUGCUAAUGAUGUAACUGCGCGCAUCACUUGAUGUUGACGUGUUCGGCUAUGUGUCCAGGUCACUUGGCGUGUUUGGCCACGUAGACGCACGUGUUUAUAUCAUGUAUGAC